AAAGAAGGUCAUACAUGUACGUUUUUUUUAAAAUGCCUUAAACACGCAGUGCGAAAACAGAGCUUUUAAAACAUGCAAGGAUACUGUCACGUACAAUAGAUUUUGUGAAAUGACGUACCUUAAUACCUUAACAGCUCUGAGAUAUCUUCAUAAGGAAGUUCUUAUUUAGGCCAUGACUGAAAUGCGCAUAGUAUUUAUAUAUAUCUAUUUUUAAUGCUUUAUGCCUACUUAAUUAAACAAUAUGUUGUGACUGAUGUAUUUGAGAUUAUUAUUUCAAAAAUGAAAAGAGGUAUAAAGCAUUUAUGAUCAUUAGGAUGUUGAACGGAAUCAUAAAGAAAUAAAUUAGUAGACAAUAUGCCAGUGAGAUAUUAUUUUCUUUUAAUUAUUUUGUGGUUCAAAAGUGUUAGUGUUAUCAGAUCUUCAAGAAUUUCGUUCUACUUACACCGAGUUUCAUGGUAACCUAGUAGUCACGGUAGUAAAACUAGAAGCAGCCCAGCAGAAGUUUCAGGAAAACCCUAGGUUCUGGACAUGGAAUUUCUAAGACGCUGAUGUAACACAUUUGCCUAUAAUAUUAAGAGAAAUGCUGUGAGAGAAAAAAGAAAGAAGGUUGUUUUAAAUUCGGGACCAAAAGCAGAUUUUAAUGAAUUUGUGAAGAAAGUCUAUUUGAAUGGAUAUUUAAGAAAUGCAACUUAAAACAACAGAAUAAUGUCACUAACGACACCGAUUAGAAGAAGAAAGUUAUUUACCAUAUAUAUUUUAGCUCUGAUAUGUAGUUUUCUCUAUAUUACCUUAACUCAGACAAGGGAAAAAAAUGCGAUGGAGUAUAUUUACGGCACUGAUAGAAGGAACGAACUGUUAAACUUUCAGGACUGCUUUAAGAUUAUAUGGGGUAGAAAUGCGUUCAAUGAUUUCAUCAGGAGAGAGAACAUUGCAAACGGCAGGAAUAGUUCAACCUAUAGAGAAUUCUCAUGUAACCAUUUUAUGGAAUUAACCUCGAUGGGUGGAAGAAUAGGCAAUCAACUGUUUGAAAUAGCUGCAUUGUUUGGAAUCUCUUUUGAGUAUGACUAUAUUCCAAUUAUUGACCCAUCGUUCCCCUUACUGAAAUAUUUUGAUUUGCCAAAUGUAUUAAGAAUGAACUUAAAUAAGUUGAGCAUUUGUUCACCAGAGUCGUUCGGGAUAUAUAUCGAGUGUUUUGACAACCUAAAAUAUAAUAAAGGUUUUAAUAUGACAAUUCACGGAUAUUUCCAGUCAUGGAAGUAUUUUAAGAACAGUUCGGACACAAUAAGAGAAAUUUUGAAAAUUAGAACAACAUACAUGCAAACAGCUAGACUCUUUUUACAAGAUCACAGUAAGGUUGGAUUUAAAAAUAUAUGUAUACAUGUACGAAGGGCAGAUAUGAAUAUCGAUUCAAAUCAACGACUAGGUUAUGCAGUGGCUCCUAUCAGUUUCAUUUACAAAGCUAUAAAUUUUUGUGAAAUCAAUUUUAAGAAAGCCAUUUUCUUUGUAUUAAGUGAUGAUAUAAAGUGGUGCAGGAAAAAUAUAAAACGCGACGUCAAAUUUAGCAGUUUUAAUGAUCCUGGGUAUGAUUUGGCACUUAUGACUUUGUGUGAUCACGUGGUUGUAACUUCAGGUACGUUUGGCUGGUGGGGAGCUUGGCUUUCAAAUGGAACGGCUAUUUAUUUCAAUGACUAUCCACGCCCAAACUCUCUGCUAGAUGAACAGUUUUCACGUGAGGAUUAUUAUCCCCCAAACUGGAUUGGGUUAUCUUAACCAUGAAUUAUAUAUGAGUCUAGCCAUAAGUUUACGAAUUGGCAAAAUUAGAAUUUGAAAAUCAAUUGAACUCAUACUGACUUCCUUAGCCAAAACUUUCAAAAUGGUGUUUCCAUAAUUGAGUCGAACAAAAACCUCAUCUACUGAAGUGCUGUCUCUGAAAUGUCUACUGACAUGGUUUAGAAGUGGAAGAAAAGGCAUAGCAUGUACAUUUUCUAAAGUUUUCAACGUUUAAUUAUUACUUUUUUUUAAUGUUAUACACAUUACUUUGUAUUAAGUAUUGUUAUGCAAAAGAGUAACAAAUACUUGUUACAGUAAGUGAAAGAAACUGAAAUAAAACAACACGAAAACAACAACAACAACUAUUAAAUGUAACAAAAUUUUAUUCAUAAAUGUAACCGGGCAUAAACUCUAAGAUAUCAAAUAGCCUAAAAUCCUCUAAAAUAUGCGAUAAGAUAUUUUACACCUGGCCUUUCAGGUGUUUGACCUAGAUCACUGAAAUAUGAAAGAACCAAAUUUUACAAAAGUAUCUGUCAUUGUAAGAUGGCAAUAUGGGAACUGCGAAUAUAUUGCGCAUAAUUAGAAUGAGACGUGUUGCACUGAAAAGUAUGAAUAUGUACAUUUCUU